GUCAGAAGAGAAGGCGGUUGCUGUGGGUGCGGUCGUGAGUGCUCAGCAGAGAAUAAAAAUAUGAAAAAAUACAGUAAUAACUGGUCCUAUGAGGGCAAACGUUAUGGAAGAUCUGGCUGUUCCUCUCAGGAUCCACAAACAAGCUACAGAUACCAAAGGAGCCAUUCUCGUGGAGAGGUAGUGACACCUCCAAUCAUGGAGCGCAAGGAUAAAAGAGUUUCAAGCUCCCCCAUGGCCAUGGCUGUGGAUUUUAGAACUUAUGUGGAUCAGGCAUGCAGAGCUGCUGAGGAAUUUGUCAAUAUUUACUAUGAGACAAUGGACAGAAGAAGACAUGCAAUUGUCAGGCUGUAUUUGGACAACGCCACUCUAAUCUGGAAUGGAAAUGUUGUUACAGGGCUGGAAGCCCUUACUAAUUUUUUUGAGAUGUUGCCUUCCAGUGAGUUCCAGAUCAGUAUGUUGGACUGCCAACCAGUUCAUGAGCAAGCUACCAAGUCCCAGACUACAGUUCUCGUUGUGACCAGUGGAGCUGUGAAGUUUGACGGAAACAAACAACACUUCUUCAACCAGAACUUCCUGCUGACUGCACAUAGCACUCCUAACAGCACCGUGUGGAAGAUCGCAAGUGACUGCUUCCGCUUUCAGGAUUGGGCUAGCACUUAAAGGAGCAAAAGCCCACUCUCUACGUCCAUUAGUUCCAGCAGGAGAAGUUUAAUGUGGGUGAAUAUAUUUCAUUGCAUAAGUACUAUAUACCAGUAUGUGCUGAAACAAAAUGCAUGUAAUAUGUUUUUUAUUCCUAGCAGCACUUUUGCUAGAGCAGUUGCCAGUUUGGAUUAUUGCCCCUAACAACUUUAAAGAUAGUUUUUUACAUGCCUUAUGUCUACGUUCCACUACUGGUGCUCUCGGGGUAAUAUUAAACAUGAUCCAGGUACUAAGAUACUCACUGUGAACCCAGUCUGUUGCACAAAUGGAGUCCUUUUGUAAUACUGUCUGUGGAAUAGCACAACAUAGCUCUGCAGGAGGAAGUAGUGGCUUUUCUGUCCUUAGGAUAAUUUUUCAUUGAAGCACAUGCUUGUUUACAGUCAGCACUGGCAAUAUAGUUUUAAUAUGUAACUAUAGAUUUUUGAAGUCAAUUCAAAUUAGUUUACACACCAGUAUUCUGACAUAUUUGAAUUAGAUAUAAGGCUUUUAUAGUCUGUAUUGUUUUCUUACAUCGACAUGUUUCCUUUUGAAAUAAGGUGAUCAGCUAGAUGGGUGAAAAAAUAUGCUUGGCUGAUACUUGAGCAUUGGGUACAUUUAGUGGCAAUAACACCUUUCCAACAUUUUCUUGGCAGCUUCAGGUCAAUAUAGUUACAUGAUAAGUGGUAGUGAAACUAAAAGCUUUAAUGGGAGAAUGGGGAAUACAAAAUGUAGAAAUCCAAGACUGAAGCCAAAAAUGAGAGAGGUGACCAAGUGAUAAAAUCAGUUCUUGUUUCUUCCUGGCAGUAUAACCUAGUUUGGGGAUUUGAAUCCCAGAGUCUUUUAAGUAUUCUUGCCAAAUGGUCAUAAGUUCACUUUUGUUCUAAGAAUUGGAUUUUAAGAUCUUCUUACUUCUCUUCAUACGUGUCUCUAGUAUCCAUCCCAGUUUAUUUGAGAACUUAUAUGAGUCAGUCGUCAGCAGUAAACUGAACUUUGUGACAGACUCUGAAAGUUAGAAAGAAAGCUACUGCUGUCUCUGUGCGCCCUGAACUCCGAAGGCUCCCACAUCAACUUCAGGCCCAAAGACUUCGGUAUAUUACCUACCACCCACAUGAAUAGUUUUAGCCUCUGCUUUUUGUACUAUCAGCUGUAUUAUCUACUAUUUAAAGUUGUCUUUAAUUUUAUAAUUUGUUUUUAUGUGGCACUGGAUAAAAGAAAAAUCAAUAUUAGAACAUUUCUGCCUGUAGUUAAAAAAAAACAUAAAAACAGAAAAGAUCUUCAUGAUAAACUUUAAAGGAACAAACUCAUUAAUUUUAAUGUUUUAGCUUCUAGAGAAAAAAGAUGUAUUUUUAGUUUUUAGUUAAACUUUAAAAUUCUUUGUAAUUAAAUAUUUUAAGCCAAAUAUGCUAGCUUUGUUCUGUAGUACAACCAAAAUUAAAUUUUUAUCUCUUAAUUUUAAAACUAGUAAUUUACUUUGGCCUAGAAAUACACACUAUAUUUCUAGUUAAUGUAUUAUUAAAAUUGAAUUAAAUAUAAGGGGAUGGAACUGAGAUUAAAACCACUCCUUAUUUCAGUACUUAGCAAGACUUACACGUUCUAUUUAGAGUAUGUUUACACUUAUUUUGAACUAGCUUUUUAAAAAACUACAUCUUUAGCAGAAACAAUUAAAAUGCCCAAGUACCACCCUUUCUGUUGGUAGAGAACAAUCUCAAAAGCUGUGUACCGCUAGCAGUAACAGAAUUGAAGCAUUGUGAAUUACUUUAUCCAUACUCUGUAUAACUCCAUAAUCUGUAUGGCGUUUAAAUGGCUGGAACUUCUCAUAUAUGGACUCAACUAUAUUUUUGACAUGUUCAUAUUUUUAUAACUUGAGAAAUACAAUAAAAAUUGCAUUUUGAUAAGUUUU